AUGGCCAUUGUUCCGUUGUUGCGCCUCCCCAAACCGGGGAUGCGUUUUAUGUGUUCGCAAUGCUAUAGGACUCAAACCAACCAUCUGAAGAGCCUCGUCACUUCCAAAAUUCGGCCUAGAUAUUUCUCCACGUCACUCUCAAGAUGGCAGAGUGAGCUACUGGACCGAACACGCAACAUCGGGAUCAUCGCCCACAUCGAUGCUGGCAAGACCACCACCACCGAACGCAUGUUGUUCUACAGUGGCUUCACUCGGCGUAUUGGUGAUGUUGACGAAGGCUCCACGGUGACUGAUUUCCUGCCCGCGGAACGUGCGCGUGGCAUCACUAUCCAGUCGGCUGCCAUCACCUUCCACUGGCCUCCUGGAGACGGCAAAGAAGCUCCGUCAAGCCCGCAAGAUCGGGCUUUGCCACGCGCAGCACACUCACAUACGAUCAAUCUCAUUGACACGCCUGGGCAUGCUGACUUUACAUUCGAGGUCAUGCGAUCCCUACGUAUCCUGGACGGCGCCGUCUGUAUCUUAGACGGCGUAGCUGGUGUCGAGGCGCAGACGGAGAAGGUCUGGCAUCAAGCCAGCACGUACAAGAUUCCCCGAGUAAUCUAUGUGAACAAGCUCGAUCGCGAUGGUGCUGCCUUUGGACGUACCGUGCGCGAGGUUAGCUCUCGCUUAGGCGUGUACCCGGCAGUAUGCCAUAUUCCCUGGUUUGAUGGCGGCAAUGGGCCUUUUGUGGGCAUUGCAGACGCAGUCCAUCUUCAGGGACUACGGUGGAAGGAAGGAGAGGACGGCCGCUCGGUCAAGAUGAUGGACCUCCAGCAACUAGAUACCGAGGAGCCGUCUCUAGCAAAGGAGCUCCGUCGGGCACGCGUUGCGUUGGUCGAACUGCUGAGUGAACAGGAUGAGACUAUUGUGGAGAAAUUCUUCGAGUGUGAUGAAGACCACAUGGCAAUUGAGCCGAUGGACAUCGUCGCCAGUCUCCGGCGGUGCGUGCUUGACCAGACGAGUCGAAUUGUGCCUGUUUUCGCUGGUGCCAGUUUCCGCAACAUGGGUGUCCAGCCUUUGCUAGACGCCGUGGUGAAUCUUCUUCCCAGUCCACCCGAGGCACCUGAUCCUGAGGUGAGUAUCGGCGGCGUGAAAGGAGGACUAAGGCGUUUGCUCUCUGGUGACUUGAUCGUGGAGCAAAACGAGCAAGCGUCGGCCCCGUCAAAAGGCAAGAAAAAGAGGAAGGCAUUGGCACAAGCUGAUCCCAAAGAAGCGAUCGCCAAAUUGCAAAGCUGCGCUCUGGCAUUCAAGGUGGUCAAUGACCCCAAGCGCGGUGUAUUGGUCUACGUGCGGGUGUACUCUGGCUCGCUGGAUCGCAACAGUCUUCUCUUUAACACAAACCUACAUCUUUCUGAGCGGGCACCUCGACUGCUCAAAAUGUAUGCCAAUGACGCAGUCGAAGUUGAGACUAUUCCUGCUGGUCAUAUCGGUGUCGUGGUUGGACUCAAGCAUGCUCGAACUGGUGAUACCCUCGUGUCCUAUGCAGGCAACAAAGCCACUCCCCCGGAGCCGCUCACCAGCCUUCAGCUGCGUCCAAUCGAUGUACCUCCUCCGGUCUUUUUCACCAGCGUUGAACCGCACAGCCUGAGCGAGGAAAAGCGCAUGCAGGAAUCACUAGCCUUGCUUCUCCGUGAGGACCCCAGUCUGCACGUCAACAUGGAUGAGGAGUCAGGUCAGACUCUUCUGAGCGGAAUGGGCGAACUUCACCUCGAGAUAGCACGAGAUCGUUUGAUCAACGACCUCAAAGCUAAGGCCUCCAUGGGCCGGAUCGAAAUUGGGUACCGAGAGUCCGCGCUCGGUGCAUCCGCUGCUAUCACGAAAAUUUUCGACAAGGAAGUCGCCGGCCGUCACGGCAAAGCGGGAUGCACUGCCAUCAUCGAGCCGUUCAACGAGGAAGAUGCCCUUGAAGUUUUGGACGAGGACACCCUUCUGGCCGAGAAGCUUGAGGGCAACCAGAUUAUCAUCCGUGCUCCAGGUCUGCAGGUACAGACUGACGAGGGAAGCAGCCCGUUUCUUUCACCAGGCAUGGACCCAGCUGCUCUUCGCACAGCCUUACAGAACGGCGCGUUGGCAGCACUUGCUCGCGGGCCCCAAUUUACAUUCCCUAUGCACAACACUCGAGUAACACUCACUAUCAGCCCGGAGGAACACCUCUUUGGCAAUGAGACUACACCCUCUGCACUCUCUGCUGCUGCCCGCCAAGCCACAUCCGCUGCUCUUCGGGAUCUUUUGGCCGGGCCGGGGACAGUGAUGAUGGAACCAGUCAUGCACGUCAUCAUCAGCAUCGACGAAGCUAGUCUUGGCUCCGUUGUUCACGACAUUUCAUCUUCUAGAGGUGGACACAUUCUCUCGCUGGAUGAAGAAGUGCCAGUAUCCGCGACGGAGGCCUCUGAACUUGCUGAAGAUGCUCUGCCUCCUAUCGACCCCAGCCGGGUGUACGCACCCCCGGAUCCCUUUGCGAGCCCGUCUGUCGGGGCCGAAGUGUCUGUCUCUGCUUCCCGCCCGCGCACCAUCACUGCCAAGGUGCCUCUCAAGGAGAUGGUUGGCUACCUGAAGCACCUGCGCAGUUUGACUGCUGGCCGAGGUACUUUCGUGAUGAGCGUUGACCGAUUUGAGAACAUGUCUUCUCCGAGACAAAAGGCUGUUCUGACCGAGCUAAGAGGUGGCUUCUAA